AUGCAGUUUCUAGUUGCACUAGCUGGUUGGUUUGUGGCGUGUGCUGCUAUUCCAGAUUCAGCUGGAACUUCAUUCAUUUUUGGUUAUGUACGAGAUGCAAACUGGAAUAUCACCAAUCAAGUACUUUCAGUCACAGUUCUAAACGGAAACUCUGUGGAUUGUAAUUUUACAAUCAAAUACAGAGAUAGUUACGAUGAGGAAAAAAGUCCUCUGCAAACAAGAACCUUCAAUGUGCCGACUGCGAAUAUGAUUGAGGUACUAGUACCAUCUUGGUACGGCUGGCAGUAUGAUAGUGGUGGCAUGCAAGUAGAUACAGGUCCGAAACAGCUCAUUUCUGCCCUUAGUACAUGCCCAGUUACUUUGAUUGCAAACAACUAUGACAACACUACAUUUCAAGGAGAUUCAUACCUAGUUCUACCAAGCACGUGGGCCCGAUCCGGAUAUGUCUAUGCUUUUACUCUGCCACCUGCCUCUAAUGAUGUGACGAAUCCGGGAAAUCAGCAUAUUUCUAUUAUUCCAACCCAAAAGGAUGUUAAUGGGACCUUGACAAUAUUUGGAAGUGACCCACUGACGUUCACGGCAAAACCAGAUGGCGCAACAACAUACUUUGUGACCAAGACCCCAAGACAACAACCAUACACAUACCACAUCCAGGCCGAUGGACCUAUUUUGAUUCUCGCUGGAGUGACCUGCGCCGGAAGUUAUCGAGCAUGUGAUCAUGCAGCAUUCAUGCCACAACCUCUACCAUCUUCUGCUUGUUAUCAGAAUCCCACUCUAAAUGAGAACCAUCCAGCUUGCAUCACCAUAACUAAUGGUUUCUACGUUGAUGUCUCGGCAUGGUGCUCAACAAUACAGAAAUCGGAAGUGGAUAUGGUGUACUGGUGGAUGGUCAUGGGAAUACAUCAACAUCUUGUCCGGCUUUCUGAACUGGUUAAUGAAAACCGUCUCCUCUUCUUCAGUCACGUUACAGGAGCACCUUCUGAUCGUCUUGUCCAAGUUGUCCUAGGGAUACUUCCAGAUCCUAACUGGAAAAGGCCACGUGGCCGAAAACUCUUUUUGGGUGGCCAUGCUUUCUCGCUGGUAUUUGCUAACAAUGUCAAACGACUACGUAUUUCGUAUCUGUCAUACAGCAGCUGUAUUGAUUAUGAUCAUCGGCUGAAAGUGACCGGCAGUAGAGGUACAAUAUCAAAAGAGUUCCUGCUAUCGCCCACGAAGCAGACAUCUUUAUUAUCUUUUGACGCAAGUUUUGGAGGAGGUGUCAACAUGCACAGCGAAACUUCUACAGUUCACGUAACGCGAUAUCACGAUUUUUCUGCAACUGGGAAACAAGGAGCUUUCAUUGACGCUGUACCAUCCAUUAGUCAAUUUAUUACUGGUAACUCUACAUUUUAUACAAGGAACGACAACGAUCUCAUAGAGGUGAUUUGCGUUGUUGCUGUGUGCACUUCUUCAACAAUAGAUGGAGUGCCUAUGUUUUCGCUUGAUAAAAACUAUACCACCAUUGGGAUGAUUGAUGGUGUAAACUAUUAUGCGCUAAGCAUUAUUGUGCCCGACAAAGGCUUCCAUAUCAUCCAUUCGGGCGCAAAUGGAACUUAUUCCUAUUAUGUCGUUGGACAAAACCAGAGCGGAAUGUAUGGGUACAUAGGAGGAGUCAAUAUGCCGAAAAUUGACUUGCUUCCAACGACAACGUCGAGUUCAACAACGACAGGUGGAACAACGACUACAAUACAGCGAAGCUUACCCACUCAGCCUGUCACGUUGUCGAAAUCAAGCCCGACGUCCACCAUCGUACCAACCACAACAAGGUAUAACACGAGACCUCCUCCGGCAGCAUCCUCCAGCACAACGCGAGUUACGAAAAGUACAACACGGCAGCGCUCGAUAACGUCAUCGUCAACUGCUACUGUAUCCACAAAGAGCACAGCAACGUCUGACGGUGUACGGAGCACUCUACGUAUACAAACUUCCAGCAUACCAACGUUGACAAGUAGGGUCACACCUUCAAAAGGGGUGAAAACCUCCCAUUCUACGACACAAUCAACUUCACAGCCCGUAAAAGUGCCAUCAUCAGUGACGCCUGCAGCUUCGACGCCACAGCCGUCUACGGCUACUAAUACAAAGCCGCAAUGGACGACAAUGGGGACAAGAAAAACAACUUAUACGUCUAUACAAACCACAAUGACAACCUUCACGACAAUUACUUCGUAUAAGCAUUUACCAACUUAUGCUGCGACAUUGCUUAUAGUUUGUCUGAGACUACUCUGGUAG